AUGGCUUGUGGCGCUUCUUCGAUGACCGUGGAGUCCUGCGAGAAUGAGGCAUUUGCCUCUGCGACCGCAACUCCGGACGAGGACACUGGUCUCCUCCGGGAUCGGCGGCGGAGACAUUCAUUCCAUGCAUCCAGAAAACUUUCUUGUGACUACCAAGAUGCAGAUGCUGUCUUCAUCAGGGUUGAACUCUUCCUGGCCGAACUGGAACGUCGCAUGCAGUGGAUUGAGCAAUACCGGAAAUCCCACAUGGUGCAGGUCGAUGCCAGUCUGAAACGAGGAUAUGCUGCACUUGAGGCUGUGAGAGAUCAGUGCUCCCUCACUUCGGGCGAGUUGAUGGGAAGUGGCAAAAAUGGUGCUAAGAUCCUGGUCGAAACGCUUGAGGACCGAUACAAUGACGUCCUGGCAACCAAAGAAACCCUGGAGCAAAAGGCACAGGCCGGGGUGCGAUUGAUGGAGUCCUGUUUGUCUGAACUUGAGAACAGGGCGCAUGCGGUCCGUGAUCGCGGCAUCUACGGUACCCUGGAUGAUGGGUGGAAAGCCGUGGACUCGAAGUUGAACCACGCCAAAGAAAUCGUCGACGAGGGUAUGGAGCGAGCCCGCCGCACUCGUGACACACUCCGAGAGACGGUUGAGGAAGCCAUCCGGCUCGCUCAGGAAAAACGGUUGAUCAACUACGAAGAGCUUCCCCACCCAUGGCGAGUCAACCCGCAUAUCAUCAAGGGAUACCGAUUCACCACCUCCAAGGUGGAAUGCGUCUCGUCUGUUUUCGCUUAUUCCAAUGAGAUGUUCAACAUCUGGUCCCAUGUGAUUGGCCUUGUCAUCGUCCUUGCCAUCGCCUUCUACUUUUAUCCACUUCACACAAAUUUCCACAUGAGCUCGAAAUCAGACAUUUUCAUCUCCGCCAUGUUCUUCUUUGCUGCCUGCAAGUGCUUGGUCUGCAGUACCAUCUGGCACACUAUGAACAGCAUUGCCUCUCAGUCACUGAUGGAACGAUUUGCUUGUGUGGACUACACUGGCAUUUCUAUGUUGGUUGCUGCUUCCAUUGUCACCACCGAAUAUACCGCUUUCUACUGUGAACCCUUCUCUCGGUGGACAUACAUACUCCUCACCAUGACGCUCGGGAUCGGCGGUGUCAUCCUUCCCUGGCAUCCAACAUUCAACCGGCACGAUAUGGCGUGGGCUCGUGUAGGCUUCUUCGUGACACUCGCGCUCACCGGUUUCUCGCCCAUAGCUCAACUAUCAUACACCCGUGGCUUUGCAUGGACCAUGUAUUUCUACGCCCCAGUCGUGAAGAGCAUUACAGUGUACUUUGUUGGUGCCUGUAUAUACGCCUCGAAAAUCCCCGAGCGAUGGAAGCCGGGCUUCUUCGAUUACGUGGGCGGUAGCCACAACAUUUGGCAUCUGGCUGUCCUUGGCGGUAUCCUUUUCCAUUACCACGCUAUGCAAGACUUGUUUGCCGGAGCGUUCCUGCGGGCUCAGGGCGAGUGCCCAAACUUGACGACCUGA